AUGUCUUCCAACGGCAAGGUCAAGGCGGGCCAAUUAUGGUCUAAGAAUAAGGAGGAGCUCACCAAGAUUCUUGGUGAGCUCAAGACGGAGCUGAGCCAGCUUCGCAUCCAGAAGAUCUCCUCCUCGGGCGCCAAGCUCAACAAGAUCCACGACCUCCGGAAGUCGAUCGCCCGUGUUCUGACCGUCAUCAACGCCAAGCAACGCGCUCAGCUCCGCCUGUUCUACAAGAACAAGAAGUACCUGCCUCUCGACCUCCGGCCCAAGCUGACCCGCGCUCUCCGUCGCCGUCUGUCUAAGGAGGACGCCUCGCGGGUUCUUGAGAAGACUAAGAAGCGCCUGACUCACUUCCCCCAGCGGAAGUAUGCUGUUAAGGCUGCGACUUACAGCGAAGGACCGGCACUGUCUAUCUACCACUCUCACCAGCGUGAAGCGCGGUGCAGUCUUGUCCAGUGCUGCACGUUUGAACCUGAGCUGCGGGAAAGCUUGCUUCUCUUGCCCGUCGCAGCCUCCCUCAAGGGCCCAAACUUCACCAGGCGAGAGAGGCAGCACCGCAACCCAUCAGAGGCCACCAUGUCGGCCGCCGAACCGCUCAAGCUCCUCGCAAGUGCGGGGAAAGGGAAAAGCACUCGUAGUGUGUUGCGAGUUGCCAUCCUUGUUCUUAUUGCCGGCGCUGCUGUUGCCAGUCGCUUGUUCUCUGUGAUCCGAUUCGAGAGCAUCAUCCACGAAUUCGAUCCAUGGUUUAACUUCCGAGCAACCAAGUAUCUCGUCGCGAAUGGCUUCUACAAGUUCUGGGACUGGUUUGACGACCGCACAUGGCACCCCCUUGGCCGCGUUACCGGUGGCACCCUCUAUCCCGGCCUGAUGGUCACCAGUGGUGUCAUCUAUCACCUUCUCCGAUUCCUCACUGUUCCCGUCGAUAUUCGGAACAUCUGCGUCCUGCUCGCACCUGGAUUCUCCGGUCUAACUGCCAUUGCCGCCUACCUGCUUACCAAUGAAAUGACGACUUCCCCUUCGGCCGGUCUUCUCGCUGCUGCAUUCAUGGGUAUUGCGCCUGGCUACAUCUCACGUUCGGUCGCAGGCAGCUAUGACAACGAGGCAAUUGCCAUCUUUCUGCUCGUCUUUACUUUCUUCCUUUGGAUUAAGGCGCUCAAGCAGGGCUCCAUGCUCUGGGGUGCUCUCUGCGCCCUCUUCUAUGGUUACAUGGUGGCCUCCUGGGGAGGUUACGCAUUCAUUACUUGUCUCCUGCCCCUUCACUCCUUCGUUCUAAUUUGCAUGGGCCGUUACAGUACCCGGCUCUAUGUUGCGUACACCACUUGGUACGCUCUGGGUACUCUGGCCAGCAUGCAGAUCCCCUUCGUUGGGUUCUUGCCUGUCAAGACCAGUGAGCACAUGCCAGCCCUCGGAAUCUUUGGUUUUUUGCAGCUGCUGGCUUUCUUGGACUAUGUCCGGUCAACCAUCUCCAGUCGACAGUUCCAAACCUUCUUGUGGCUGUUUGCUGGCGGCAUCUUCGGCCUUGGUCUCCUUGGCUUGGUCAUUGCCACCAGCGCCGGGCUGAUUGCCCCCUGGAGCGGCCGUUUCUACUCACUUUGGGAUACAGGUUAUGCCAAAAUCCACAUCCCCAUCAUCGCAUCAGUGUCGGAGCAUCAGCCUACUGCCUGGCCAGCGUUCUUCUUUGACCUCAACAUGCUGGUUUGGCUCUUUCCUGUCGGCGUCUAUCUCUGCUUCCAGCAGCUUGGCGAUGAGCAUGUCUUCAUCAUCGUUUAUGCGUUGUUUGGUAGCUACUUCGCCGGUGUCAUGGUUCGUCUCAUGCUCACGCUCACUCCUGUGGUGUGUGUUGCUGCUGCGAUUGCUUUCUCGUCUCUUCUUGAUACCUAUCUCAACCUUAAGACUCCCAACCCUGGGCAGGCACAAGCCACUGAGGAUGCCGGUAAGAAGAAGUCGGGGCUUAAGGCAGCAAGCAAGCCUGCUGUGGGCGUUUAUGCGCUGUGGGGCAAGACAAUGAUGAUCAGCGGUCUGACCAUCUACCUGUUGCUCUUCGUCUUGCACUGCACAUGGGUUACGUCUAACGCAUAUUCAUCUCCCUCGGUCGUCCUAGCAAGCAGGCUCCCUGAUGGCAGCCAACACAUCAUCGAUGACUAUCGUGAGGCGUACCAGUGGCUGCGACAGAAUACCCGCGAGGACGCCAAGAUCAUGUCGUGGUGGGAUUACGGUUACCAGAUUGGAGGCAUGGCUGACCGCCCGACUCUGGUUGAUAACAAUACGUGGAACAACACUCAUAUCGCAACGGUUGGCAAGGCAAUGGCUUCGCGUGAGGAAGUCAGUUAUCCGAUCAUGCGCCAGCAUGAGGUUGACUACGUUCUGGUCGUCUUUGGUGGUCUCCUCGGCUACUCUGGCGAUGAUAUCAACAAAUUCCUCUGGAUGGUCCGCAUUGCUGAGGGCAUCUGGCCUGAUGAAGUCAGCGAGCGUGCCUUCUUCACUCCUCGUGGCGAGUACCGCGUCGAUGCCGAGGCCACUGAUACCAUGAAGAAUAGUUUAAUGUACAAGAUGUGCUACUACAACUACAACAAUCUCUUCCCACCAGGGCAGGCUGUCGAUCGUAUGAGAGGCGUACGCUUGCCCGAAGUCGGGCCUACUCUGAACACUCUGGAGGAGGCCUUCACCAGUGAGAACUGGAUUAUCCGCAUCUACAAAGUUAAGGACCUCGACAACCUUGGGCGUGAUCAUGCAUCGGCGGCUGCGUUUGAACGUGGGCACAAGAAGAAGAAGGCUACGAAAAAGCGUGGUCCCCGGGUGCUCCGGGUUGAAUAG